AUGGAUCAUCAAGAUCAGAGAAUUGUUAUCAACAAAUGGUUUGAUUUACGUCGAAGAGCUAUAGUUCAACUACUGUGUGCUAUUGUUUACUAUUAUGUCCGAAUGUCUCGUAAGAGAAAAUUAUGUUAUAGUAUGAGCUCUGAGAGAGAAAGGGUUCGCGAAGAAAUAAUGUAUCGAAUUAGUAAUAGUGAAACUAGUAGAAAUAUAUUAAGAAUGUGUCCUAAAACUUUUAUGAGCUUAUGUGGUCUGUUAGAAAGAGAGGGGGGAUUACAAGCUACUCGAUGGUCAAGUGUGGAAGAGCAAGUUGCAAAAUCAAUCUACAUAUUAACACAUAAUGCUAAAAAUCGUGAAGUCAACUUUUGGUUUCGUCGUUCUGGCGAGACUAUUAGUCGCCAUCUUCAUCAAGUUUUGAGAGCUAUUCUUGAAUUGGAAGAAAAAUUUCUUAUCCAACCCGAUGGCUCAAUGGUCCCUCCUGAAAUUUCAAGUAAUUAUAGAUUCUACCCGUAUUUUAAGGAUUGUGUUGGUGCAAUAGAUGGAACACAUAUACGUGUCAAAGUAUCAGCAAAAGAUGCUCCUAGAUAUCGCGGUAGGAAAGACUACCCAACACAAAAUAUUUUAGCAGCAUGUACUUUUGAUUUAAAGUUCACUUAUGUGCUCGCGGGAUGGGAAGGGUCUGCCUCUGAUUCGAGAAUAAUAAAGAAUGCAUUAACACGUGAAGAUAAACUUAAAAUUCCUCAAGGAAAAUAUUAUCUUGUUGAUGCUGGAUUCAUGUUGACAAGUGGAUUAAUUACACCUUAUAGAGGAGUUCGGUAUCACCUGAAAGAAUAUUCGGCUAGAAAUCCACCCCAAAAUUCUAAAGAAUUGUUUAAUCUUCGACAUUCGUCUUUACGCAAUGCAAUUGAAAGAGCGUUUGGUGUAUUGAAAAAAAGAUUUGAGAUUUUAUCUAAUUCAACAGAGCCAAAUUAUGGAGUUAAAGCUCAAAAGUUAAUCAUUUUUGCAUGUUGCAUUCUUCAUAAUUAUCUAAUGAGUGUGGACCCGGAUGAAGACCUUAUAGCUGAAGUAGAUGCUGGAAUUGCAAAUCAAAAUGUAUCUAAUGACAAUCAUCAAGGUUCAAGAAGUGAUAGAGAUGAACUUGCUUUGGGCGGGGUUAUAAAAGAUAGUGUAGCACAUCAAAUGUGGUUAAAUUAUCAAAAUAACGAUUUAGCUUAA